GAGCCGGGCCGGAGCUCGCCUCUCCAGCGUCUGGCACUCCGCGCCGGCAGGUCUCCGCCUCUUGGCAUUCGCGCCGGCAGCACCGCCCGGGUCCAGGGUCGUCCCCGUGCUUGAAUCCGCUCCCAUCGCAUGAAAAUGAUGCGCGUCCCGCUCGCCGGCGCCCUGGCCCUGGGCCGCGCCCUGGCGCUGGCGCCGGCCCGGAGCUCGUCCCUGCGCGCGCCCGCCCGCGCCUUCGCGAGCCGCAUGCCCGAGGUCGAGGACGCGGGCCUCAAGUGGAGCACGGGCACCGGCGCGCCCCUCGAGUGCCGGGCCGCCGUCGCCUUCGGCGUCGACGACCUGCGGACCACGGACGUCGUCGUCGCGGCGCCCAAGGCCGGCGAGGUGCGGCUCCGCGUCGUCGCGAACGCGCUCUGCCACACGGACAUCUACACGCUCGAGGGCAGCGACCCCGAGGGCCUCUUCCCGUCGAUUCUAGGCCACGAGGCCGGCGCGAUCGUCGAGUCCGUCGGCGAGGGCGUGACGUCGGUAAAAGUCGGCGACAAGGUCAUCCCCUGCUACACGCCCCAGUGCCGCGAGGCCGACUGCAUCUUCUGCGCGUCGCCGAAGACGAACCUCUGCCCGAAGAUCCGCGGGACGCAGGGCCGGGGCGUCAUGCCCGACGGCACGACGCGCUUCAAGACGGCCGACGGCGCGCCCGUCGCGCACUUCAUGGGCUGCUCGACCUUCGCCGAGUACACGGUCGUCUCCGAGAUCUCCUGCGCGAAGAUCGACGACUCCGCGGACCUCGCCAAGGUCUGCAUGCUCGGCUGCGGCGUCGCGACGGGCUGGGGCGCCGCGUGGAAGACGGCGAACAUGGAGGCCGACGCGUCCGUCGCGGUCUUCGGCUGCGGCGCCGUCGGGCUGGCCGUCAUCCAGGCGGCGAAGAUCCGCGGCGCGCGGCGCAUCUUCGCCGUCGACACGAACCCCGACAAGUUCGAUAUCGCGACGGAGUUCGGCGCCACGGACUGCGUGAACCCCCUGGAGCUCGACGGGCCCGUCGCCGCGCAUCUCGUCGGGUUGACGCAGUGGGGCGUGGACUACACCUUCGACUGCACGGGCAACACGGAGGUCAUGCGGGCCGCGCUCGAGUGCGCGCACCGCGGCUGGGGCGUGUCCGUCGUCAUCGGCGUCGCCGCCGCGGGCCACGAGAUCGCGACGCGGCCCUUCCAGCUCGUCACGGGCCGCACGUGGAAGGGCACGGCCUUCGGGGGCUUCAAGAGCCGCGACGAGGUGCCGGAACUCGUCGACCGCGUGCUCGCGGGCGACCUGCCCAUCGACGCCUACAUCACGCACAACUUCGACGGCGUCGACAACACGCACGCGGCCAUCGACGCGCUCCACGGCGGCGACUGCCUCCGGGCCGUCGUGUCCUACUGAACGGGCGUCUCCCGACGCCACCUUCCGGAGAAGAGAAGACGGAUGUACAUGCACGCGGCUCCGCGAUGGCGCGGCAGAGACGGCCGAUCCCUCGGCGCAGAUGCGCGGACCCUAAGAUUAAUAUUUUCGAGG